GGGACAUUUUUUGGUAGCAAUCACUCUAGCUGUAAUAUCAUAAUGUCAUGUAGUGUUCUAGCAGCAAUAAAACACCACAUUUCUCCCGUUUGUACCUGGAAAACGUCAGAUGUAGAUCAAGUCGGUUUAGAAGGUCGGAAGCUGGCGGAAUAUAUCGCUCGAGAAAGACCAAACAGAGGUCCUCGACCAGAGCUCUGCAAACUGGUUGAGGAUCUGACAAUUUUUGGUCGAAAGUGGAAAGUAGUAACUGGGAACAUCGUGUUUGGGACAUUUGGUUUUGAGCAGGAGGAGGAACUAUAUGAAACGUUAAAUAAGUACUUGUUGAGACAUGGAAUGUGUAUCUUUAGUCUUCAUGGUGCAACUUGCUUGAUAAUCCAGCAUGGAGACUACUUUGCUGUUGUGGACUGCGGAUCACGGAAUUCACAGGGGUUGCCAUCAGAAUCUGGUACUUCUGUAGUUGUCUUUAACACUUGUUUAAACGAUUUAAUGAUUCACCUUAUUAACCUCAGGGAAUCGUUAAAUGCGGUCGAGUACGGAAUCUCUGCUAUUUCUGUACAAGAGAUGUACGGUAAUGUGGAGACACGUGCAGCAGUUACUGCUGACAAACGGGCUACAGAUGCAUGCCAUAGUGCAAGUAGCCAUGUUGCCUCACUCAGCGGGUCGUUUCAUCAGGGUGAUGCUCAGUUCAAGUAUGCUGGAGUUCAGUGUGCAGCCAUAAGUGCUGUUGCUUUAACAAAGCACACACUGGACAGCGUUUUUUUGUGGAAUGCUGACACACUGGAUGAUGUCGUUGUCUUAGGUAAUGAGCUAUAUACAUUUUUGCGUGACAACAAUUUAAUCAGUGGUGGAAGUCAGCUUCUCUCUGUUCCAGACUUGCCUAAAAAGAUGCAGGUUCAUGGACAAAGUUUUGACUAUGCUUAUGGGGACUAUGUUACCGGAGCCAUUGAUGUACUGCAAAAAGAGCUUAUUGAUGCAGGUGUGCUUAGUAGUCUUUGGGAUGGACUCAGUAAGAUGUGUGCAAAAUAUGAAACCAGCUUUAUUACAAUAAGUGGCAAUACUUGUGCCCUUAUUAGUUCUAAUGGACGUUAUGCUAUUGUGGACUCUCAUGCACGUGACAGUCAUGGGAUGAUACAAUCAAAUGGAAAGAGUGUUGUCCUUUACUUCAACACUCUUGAUGAGGUCUUUGUCUACAUUAAAAGAUUUUCUAGUCAACUGAAUGUCUCUCCCAAGUUAUUUGAGAUCAGUGGAGUUCACAUUGUUCAGAUGGACUCAAGUAAAAUUGCAUCUGAACAUGCAGCUGUUGUUCCAGGGACCAGUGGUGUUUUUGAUCAAUCACACAGUGUUGACAUGCAGGACGAUUCUUGUGGAGAACAUUCAUCCCAACUUGACAUGUCAGACAUGGAUGAUGUUCAAGAUGAUGUAGUUGUUACUGGUUUCCAAAGUAAUGUAUUGUAUUUUAACCCUGUCUCUGAAGAGAUUACUCAGUCACUGUGUGGAAAGUUGAAUGUGGACCAUCAACGGGCAAAUUCUGUAUCUUGUGUGGUCGGAGAACUGGGUGUGCCAUGUAUGACGGAUGAAAUUGUUGGAGAUGGAAACUGCUUUUUUAGAGCACUUAGUCAAGCCAUCAGUGGCACCCAGAAAAAUCAUCGCAAAAUUAGGCUUGCUGUCGUAAACCAGUUGCAAAGGAAUUCUCACAUGUAUGAUAGUAUUUUAAGAAGUGAGUAUUCCUCCUUAUCACAAUACAUUGCUGUUUCAAGGAUGCAAUAUGUUGGGAGUUGGGCAACUGAAGUAGAGAUUCAGGCUGCAGCUGAUUAUUUUGGUGUUAAUAUUUUCACAUUUUGCAAUGAUAAAUGGCUUGAAUACAGUUCUUUGAGUAGUUUGUCCAAUUAUGGUCUUUAUUUACGAAAUAUUAAUGGUAAUCAUUAUGAGACAGUUACUUGUGUGAAGCAGCCUCAGUCACAAACAUGUUAUGGUUAUUGCAUGAAUGUUUCUGGGGAAUAUAAAACUCGAAAUGCGUAUAAGAAAAAUUUGCUAUACAAGGAACAAAAAAAACUUUGGAUUAGAAAUAAAUAUCGUGAUGAUGAGACCUACCAAGAAAGCUUUGGAAAUCACUUUACCAAAUAUCAUGAAAAUGAAUCUCAUCGCAAUAAACUUAAGCAAAUUAGCUUUAGUAAAUAUCAUAACAACGAAUCUCAUCGCGAAAAACGGAAGCAGAUUAGCAUUGCUAAAUAUCGUGAUGACAAAUCUCACAGAGAUAAAGUUAAAGACUUAAGUAGAAAAAAAUACCUUAAUCCACAACAUAAGAGCCACAUAAUAUCCAAUGUAGAGCUAAAAAGACGGGAGAUAAAAAUAAAGUCAAAGGAAUUUGAUUUUGUUGUUGCGCAGUUUUUGGACAAAGUAAAAGAGGGGCCCAAUUUUGUUUGUUGUGUAUGCUUUCGGUUGUUAUUCAAACAUCAGGUGUUAAAUUGUCGCAAAGAUUCGUAUAGGAAAACAAAAGAAAUGUCUUUAAUAGCAGAUAAAUGUAUAAGUGAUGAUUAUGUGCAUAUAUGUAACGAUGCGUGCAUAACACCAUGCAAUCUCAAAACUUGUCGAAAUAAGUUGUAUAUUUGUUACUGUUGUCAUCACAAAAUUAGUAAAGGUCAAAUGCCCCCAGAAAGUUCAUGCAAUAAUUUGACUGUUGAUGACAUCCCUCCUCAGUUGGCAUGCUUGAAUACUUUGGAGCAACAUUUAAUAGCUUUACAUAUUCCGUUUAUGAAAAUGUUGGCUUUACCAAAAGGUGGACAAAAUGGAGUGCACGGUCCAGUUACUUGCGUGCCAGCAAAUGUUGUUGAAACGUGCAGUUUACUACCAAGAAGUAAUAUGGAAGGGUCUUUGUUACCUGUUAAGUUAAAGCGUAAAUUGACAUACAAAGGUCAUUAUGAUUAUCAGUAUGUUGACUCAAUGCAUGUUCAGGAAGCUCUUUGGUACUUGAAACAUUGUAACUUUCAUUAUAAAGAUGUUGAGUUCAAUGAAUCUUGGAUCAACGAGUUUGUUCAGGAAGAUAAUAAUUCUGUUUUAAACAAUGAUAGUGUUAAUGAAGAAAAUGAGGACAUCAUAGAUGAAAAUGAUGAUGACCUUUUACAUGACAGACAGCAACACUGCAUGUUCCAGGACACUUGUCUGAUGCCUGUUGACAUAGGACAAGAAGCAUUGGAUUUAUAUGUCGACAAUGUCUUGAAUGUAGCACCGAGUGAAAAUAAUAACCCUAUAAAACUGCUGUCUGAUUGUACUAACGAAGCAAAAUGUUUCCCUGUAUUGUUCCCAUCGGGUUUUAACACUUAUCAUGAAAAGCGGCAGUAUCGUUUGACUUUGAGUCGUUAUUUUAAUAACAGACUUCUUCAUGCUGAUGGUAGAUUUGCGCGUAAUGUGGAAUAUAUUUUCUUUGCACAGUACAUGUCAGAACUGGAGCAGGUUGUGUCUAAAGUUUCAAUAGCUUUACGUAAAGGUACAAGUUGUACACCUCAAAAUAUGAGUGAGGUUUUGAAGGAUGAACAGUCUAUAAAUAAAUUGUUGGAGUUUGAUGAUGGUUAUCGUUUCUUGAAACCUAUUCGAGGCACACCAGCAUUCUGGCAGACGGCUCAACGCGACUUGCUAGCUUGUGUAAGAAUGUUGGGGAAACCCACAUGGUUUGCCUCAUUUUCAUCUGCAGAUAUGAGAUGGACUAAUCUGCUUUACAGCAUCUUAAAGCAGGAAGGCCGAACGCAGACUUUGGAACAGUUGCAAUGGGCAGAGAAGUGUGAGUUGUUGCGUCGAAACCCUGUUACUGCUGCUAGAAUGUUUGAUUUUAGAUGGCAUGUUUUUGUAAGAGAAGUGCUGAUGUCUCCUGCUAAUCCGAUUGGAAAAAUCGAAGACUACUAUUAUCGUGUAGAAUUCCAGCAGCGUGGUUCGCCACAUUGCCAUUGUCUCUUUUGGAUUUGUGAUGCCCCAAUUUUGGAUAAGAACACAGAUGAAGAGGUUAUUGCAUUUAUUGAUAAGUAUGUGACAUGUGAAAUUCCGUCCGAAGAAGAUUCGUUGUCUGAAGUUGUUACAUCUGUACAACAGCAUUCAAAACGACAUUCCAAAACUUGUAAAAAGAAAAGGACAGUUUGUCGUUUUAAUUUCCCUCGGCCUGCAUCUUGCCGCACGUUUAUUUGUCGGGGUGAAAAAUAUCAAGAUCCGGUCACGACUUGUAAAUGUAAUUUGGAUAAAACUGAUGGUAAUGCAGAAUGUGAAUGUAUUGAUAAAAAUAAAACGCGUCCGUAUCAAAUGGAAAGAGAUGUAGCGAGUGAUAUUUUAACAAGGAUAAAGAAUGCUAUUUCAGGGGACAACUGUCCAUAUAAUACCGUAGAAGAAAUGUUUGAAAGUUUGUGCAUGAAUCAAGAUUUAUUUGAAACAGCAUAUAAAAGAUUUAGUCGAAAUACACAUGUGGUUUUAAAAAGACAAAUUAAUGAAAUCUGGAUUAAUCAAUAUAGUAGACCGCUGUUAAAAGCUUGGAAUGCAAAUAUUGAUAUCCAGUAUUGUGUUGAUGCAUAUGCAUGUUGUGUGUAUAUUGUAUCUUAUAUGUCGAAAAGUGAGCGUGAAAUUGGUCUUCUUCUCGGAAAUGCACAAAGAGAAGCAGCCAAAGAAGGCAAUGUUAGUGCUAAAGAGGCUUUAAAGAGGCUUGGCAGUGUCUAUUUACAUAAUCGCGAUGUUUGUGCUCAGGAAGCAGUUUAUCGACUGACUAACAUGCAUUUGAAGGAGUGUUCUCGGAAAGUUGUUUUUAUUCCAACCGGUGAUAAUAUUGUAAAAAUGAGUUUACCCAUUUCUGUUUUGAAACAGAAAGCUACAUUACAGGAUCUUGCUCCAGAAGACAUGUGGAUGACUGGUAUAGUUGACCGCUAUAAGAAUCGGCCAAAUGAUGAUGUGUUUUCUGAUAUGUGCCUGGCUAAAUUUGCUUCAGAGUAUCGUGUUUUGUCAAAAAAUGAGAAGUGUAAAAAUUCAGUAAAAUUGAAUAAGGAUUUUGGCAUUGUUGUGAAAAGAACUCGGACAAAACCAGCAGUUGUUCGUUAUGCGCGUUUCUCUGAAACAAAAGAGCCAGAAAAGUUUUAUCAAAGCAUAAUGCAGCUAUUUAUGCCUUAUCGCUUUGAUAAUGAACUUAAACCUGCACAUUGUGAAUCCUUUGGUGACUUUUAUAGAACUGGUGUGAUUAGUUUUGUUAAUGGGACAACACAUUCUGUAAAGUCUGUUGUGGAUUUAAAUAGGAGUGAAUUUGAGGUGGAAUCUGAUCAUUUUGAGGCUGUGGACAAUGUUACCGGUGAUGUAAUGCUGGAAGAUGCAUGGGCUGAAUUGUGUCCUGAGGUUGAAUUGGAACGACUGGAGUGUGUAGAAUUACAAAAGGAAAGACCAAUAGAAAACAGUGACCAGGAACAAAUCCCUGAUUUAAGUUUUCAGUCUAAAGACAUUUCUGUAUUUGAGAAAAGAAAAAUUACUAGAACUGAAGGGCUUGCAUUAAUUAGAUCUUUGAAUGAAAAACAGUUCUCUGUUUUUUAUCAAAUCAGGCAGUGGUGUCUUGCUAAAGUUAAUGGAAAAAAUCCUGAACCACUGCAUAUUUUUAUUACAGGUGGUGCUGGUACAGGAAAAAGUCAUUUAAUCAAAGCAAUUGAAUAUGAAUCCAAACGGUUAUUGUCCACAGUGUGUCAGUCUCCUGACAACACAUGCGUACUUUUGACAGCUCCCACUGGCAUUGCUGCAUAUAAUUUAGAAGCAACAACAAUCCACACCACAUUUUCUAUUGGAAAGGAUGUACGCUUACCGUAUACUCCUUUAAGUGAAGAUAAACUAAAUUCCUUGCGCGUCAAAUAUUGUGAUCUCCAGCUUCUUAUCAUAGAUGAAAUAUCAAUGGUUGAUCACAAUCUCUUAUCAUAUGUUCAUGGUCGAUUGCGUCAAAUAAAACAAAGUGUUAAAUCAUAUGGUAAUAUUAGUGUAAUUGUGGUCGGUGAUAUGUACCAGCUUCCACCUGUGAAAGGUAAACCACUUUAUUCUGAUGGUGUUGCCACAAAUAUCUGGUCAGAUUUAUUUAAAAUUGUAGAGUUAACUGAAAUAGUUAGACAAAAAGAUGCUGUGUUUUCUCAACUGCUGAACAGGAUGAGAACUCGCUCCAAAGGCACACCAAUAUUGGCUGAUGAUUUACAGAUUUUAAAACGUUGUGAAACAGGUGAGGUCAGCUCAGCCUUACACAUAUUCGCAACUAAUAAACAAGUAAAUGAGCACAAUAUUCAUCGAUUAUAUGAGACUUGUCCUGAAUUUCUAACUAUUGGGGCGCAGGACUAUGUCAAUGAUAAAAAAACUGGAAAAUUGAGGUUGUUGGAAGGACAUCAUGCAAAAGCUUCAAAUACUUGCUUGUCAGAAGUGUUGUUAUUGGGUAACGGAGCGCGUGUUAUGUUGUGUAAAAAUGUGGAUGUUAGCGAUGGUUUGGUUAAUGGUGUUUGUGGUACUGUUACAGAAAUAUUAAUACCAGAAAAGGACAAGUUUCCUAAAGUGGUCUAUGUUAAAUUUGAUGAUGAACGUGUAGGCAUGCAGAAGAGGAAGAGCUGCCACUAUCCAUCAUCAGAUUUGGCUGGAUCCACACCCAUUGGACCUGAGGAGGAACGAGCCACCGUUAAAGGUGGCAUGCGCCGACAAUUUCCACUCAGGUUGGCAUGGGCUUGUACAGUACACAAAGUUCAAGGACUAACUGUUGAUGAAGCUGUUGUUUCUUUUAGUAAAAUAUUUGCACCGGGUCAAGCUUAUGUGGCUAUAAGUCGUGUAAGAAAUCUUUUAGGAUUGACAAUUGAAAAUUUUGAUGAAAAAAGGAUAUAUUGUAAAGAUGACAUUUUGGUUGCACUUCAGAAUAUGACACCUGUUUUAAGUGGAUCAAUUGAAUUGGAUCGAUUUAACACAUCUAUUUUUACUGUAUUCCUAAUGAAUGUGCAAAGUUUGAAUCGGCAUGUAAAAGAUUUGGCUUGUUAUAUAGAACAUUGGAAACCAAAAUGCAUUGCUGUUACAGAAACAUGGGUUUCUUCAACCCACACAGAUACAGUAAAGAUAGAUGGUUACAGUUUCACUAAUCGUCCACGAUGUUUGUCGUAUAAUACCAGGCAUCCGGAACUGAUUGCGUUACAAGACCAACAACAUGGUGGUGUUGGCAUCUAUUGUGCAGAUGAUGUAGAGUUUCAAGUACUACCACAACCGGAGCUGAAUUUGGAGUGUUUAGUUCAUCGAUUUUGUAGUUGUAACAUGGUGCUUGGGGUAAUUUACCGACCGCCACUAUACCCUCUUUCACUGUUUAAAAAUAAUUUAGGAAAAUUACUUGAUUGGCUUGAGAAACAAAGUGACACAAUAGCACUGAUUGGAGAUUUUAAUGACGAUAUUUUUAAGUCAUCUACUAUCAAAAAAUUUGUUUGUGAUAAAGGGUACAUCCAAAUAGUUAAAGAAGCAACCACUGAAAAAGAUACUUUGAUUGAUCAUGUUUAUGUUAAAUCAAAGACAUAUAAAGUGGAGGCAGUAGUUGUGCCUACAUAUUUUAGUGAUCACGAGGGUGUAAUGUGUGGUGUUGCUGGUCCGUUGCUUUGGAGCGCAGAGUAUUUGAACCUUACCAUCUCCACCUUCUGUGUCGCCAUCGGCUUCCACUCUGCCACUUGA